AUAUACCGAUAAAUAUAGACGAAGAAGAGCGGCGCUGUCGUACGAGCGCUGCCAUCAAGCUAAUAAAAGUCUACAAAAAUAUGGACAGGAGGAAAAAGGCAUUCGACGUUACCGCUUCAUCGCUGGUGGACCUAAAAGCCGAACUUUACAGAAAGCAGGAGCAGUUCAAACAGGACAGACUUGGACAGCAAAAUGCGGAUACAACGUUGAAAGCAAAGGCCAAAGUAAAGAAACCUGCCGUGUGGACCAAGCAGAAUCCCGGAGUGUCAGCCCGAGCAGAGAAGGAUGCAGAGCAGCUGGCUGAGGAGAAGAGCAGCCUCGAUUCUUCAAGGCGGAAGCUGGAGGAGAAGGCGCGACUGUAUGAGCAGAUGUCCAGAGGAGAUUUCCCAGACGAAGAGUCGGAGGGGCUGUUUUUGGUUGAUUUCACUCAGAAGAUUAUCGACAGAAAGAAAGGCACGCAUUCACAGAGGGAGGCUACCAGUGAGGAUGAAGAGGGAGAAAACUUUUCUGCUGUUCCGCCUCCUCCUGAACACCCAGAUGAAGAGUGGGUGGACUAUGUAGACGCUUUGGGCCGGUCGCGAAGAUGCAUGAAGAAAGACCUGCCCAGUUAUCAGAGAAUGGACAUGGAUCUCAAUGGAAAAGGACAAAUCACCUCAGACAAGACGCAUCUGUCUGAAGACAUGCGACGAGAGCUGCAGAGACAGGAAUGGGAGAAGGAAGAAGAGGAGGCCAUGAAACGCCCGGUCGGACCUGUUCACUACGAGGACAUCAGGGGUCAAGAGGCUCGAGAACUGGGUGUUGGCUACUUUGCUUUCUCCCAUGAUGAAGAAGAUCGUAGGAAGCAGAGGCAAACCUUGGAUAUGCUCAGAGACCAGACAACAGAGCAGCGCAGCAAAAGGGAGCGACUGAAGGGGAAGAGACAGGCCAUUCUCAAGGCACGACUGGCCAAAAUCAAGCAGAGGAAGAUGAAGGCGAAGGGAGAGGUUGCUGAGGAUGUGGAGGAAGAUGAGAAUGAAGCAGCAGAAGAAGAGGAAGAGGAGGAUGAGGAGCGCUUGAUGGGGCCUUCACCGCCACCAGAGGACUGUCCUGAGGUCAGCAUUCUGAAGAAGGUAGAUGUCGUGAUUCAGGAGAGGAGAGACACGAAGCCUGGAGUUCCACACGUCAGAGAAUGGGACCGAGGCAAAGAGUCCAUGUUCACUGAGUGGAAAAGCCGCCGUCGGGAUGAACGGGAUUCGGAGUUUGCGCCCCCGACUGCGUACUUUGAAGAGAAGAGGUCGAGAUAUGGGAGCACCAAGUUUCCCUCCAAGUCUCCUGACAAGUUUAGUCCGGACCGAGCAGGAACCUCGCAGAGCCAAGCAGAUCCAGUCUCUCCUCCAAAGACCGAUGUUUCUCCUCCUCCGGCUCAGUGCAGUCCACCAGUGACCCCACAGCCAGCGAGUGCUGCUGCUGCGCCUUCCUCGCAAGCGUCGUGCUCCGCUGUCCCCCCCGUCAACUACCAGUACCCCCCUCCUCCUUUUUACCCUCCAUUCCCCCCGUCUCAGUUCAUGUGUCCUCCUUACCCACCACCCCAAUUUUACCCAGGUUAUCCAAACCAGUAUUACGCUCCAUAUCCAGCACCGCAGCCCCAGCAGCCCCUUCAGUCCACCGCUCCCAGCCAAGCCCCGGACCCUCCUCAGCAGCCCCGGGCGUCGCACCCUCCCCAGCAGCCCCGGGCGUCGGACCCUCCUCAGCAGCCUGCAGCCCCGAGCCAGGCUCAGAAGCCCCCGUGUGGCUCCUCCGGGAGCCUUGAGGAGUUGCUGUCCUUCUACAGAAGCACCUCCUGAUCUGCUCAUGUUCCUUUCUGCUGUGGUUGCACUGUAGGCCAUAAAUUGAUGAAACCUUUUAAAGAAAGUAGCAGCUUGUUUCCUAUUCCGAGUCCUCGUCUUGUGGCGCUGAUGUGGUGCACAUGGUUUUGACUUGAAUCGCCACUAGAUGGCAGUGCUCACUUCUGUGUGUCAAUGGCGUUGAUCAAAUCUGUGCGUCAGUGGUGUCUGCACGGACUUUGAGGUGCACUCAGUCUUUCACAUUGCUGGGGUGAGUCUUUGUUCACAUGUUAAAUCCAAUAAUUGUUCUCAGUUUUAUGGCAUUGAGACUUGCUUUGCGUGCCACACGAGUAACCGACUGGCUGUGCCAAGCAUAAGCAGAAACCUCAAGAGAACCAGGCUGAGGGUCAACGGUCAACACAUUGCAGUGGGCAGCCCAAACCUGUGUGUAUGCAAGUUGUUGAUGAAAUGAUAUUUAAUUCGCAGCAAGUGGGGAAACCUGAGUCGUUUUGUAUGCACUCUGGUUUCCUCCCACCACCUGAAAAGAAUCAGCUGCUGAUAUUUCCCAGCUGUGUUGUGUUAACUCCUGCUCUAUGAAGCUGCCUGACCACAGAACACUGGGUGUAAGCCAAAAAUGUUGAGUGAAUACAAUGAUGCGUCCAUUGUUUUCAUUGAAGUUUUAUUUCCAAGCGGUCAGGACUACUUUCUGAAGCCUAGCUGGCUCUCUCUUGUCUCUGGUGUCAUCCAAGACUUAACGCUGUGUUGUGUCCAUCUAUCUCCAUCGGAUGCUGCGGGUAGAGUCACAUGAGCUGAAAACUGAACUCUCUUUCCAGACUUUCUCUAGAUUGGCUUCAUGUGCUGAUCCAGUCUGACUGACUCCUUAUAGCCGAUGGCAUCACAGGCUCUUAAAGGUUCCUGUUCUUCUUGAUCUUAACAUGAGCAUAGGAAGAGAAACUAUCCAAUAAGAGGAAAUUCAGUUUCUAUCGAGUGUCGUGUCCUGGUUAUUGCCACUGGAUUUCGGAGGCUGAAUACACGUCCUGAUGUACGGAGUUGUCUGGCCCGGAGAACAUGGAGCCGCUGCUCUGGGGUUGACAAUUUAUGACUUUGAUCUUUUUUCCUUUAGAGUGUGAGUUCAGCUCCCAGGUGGCUGGUUGAAACUCUGCAUCAUAAAACUGCUCGGAGGGGAAAAAUCCUCGUAAAGUUGCCUUUGAUUUGAUGAACACACUGCAGUUUAAGAUUCAUUUUUAUGAAAUCCUUUGACAUCGACGUACUCGAUUGUACUCUCAAAAAUGCAACAGUUUUGUACAAGUGUAUGACACGUUAUCGAAUACUACAUGAAACAGUUUGACUGAUGGUUGAGUUUGGCUUUGAUAUUUUAGCUUUUCCUUUCAGCAAAACAAACUUUGGAGUGGAAACAUGGCGGUGACCGGUGGAUGGUGCUUAGCCUUGUUAGCUGACCUCAGUAUUGUUGUCAGCUACAAACUGCUGUGUUCAUUUCUCUCUCUCUCUCUUCAGUUCAGUUCAGUUGUAUACAUUCCUCGCAUAUUUCCAGUACACAUGGUUGGGGGUGAAGCUCUUG